AUGUACGCUUUCAAGAGGGCUCCCGGGACCAAGAGCCGUGCACGGCUGCGGACGCGGGGGACGGCGGACCCGCAAAGACCACUUCCAUUCACUCUGUCAGGCUUUAACAACAGGGUCUACGAGCAGGCUCAAACACUUGUAGAGACGCGAGAUGAACUCCAUGACAUCGGCGCUCACGUCACUGUCGGGGCAGCCCCCGAUCAGGUCACGGUUCUUAGAGGAGAUCUGCACACGCUGCACAAGGAUGAGAACAUAAGUGACGGCAUUGUGGACGGUAUGUGCAAGCUCAUCAGCGAUCGAGGUGAUUGCUCCGCAUAUCCCAGCACAGUGUACACAAUGGCGACCCAUGGGCAACUCGGUCCGCUGUUGAAUGUAAACAAUGAGCAUGUGUGGAGAUUGAACAACAGCCCUAGAACGAUGGCCACAAAGCUGGCACCUUAUCUGUUCCAAAACAUUGCAGAGGCCUUCAACGCACGAAGGGCACCACAAGGCAUGCGGUACGCGUUUAUGCCCAUAAAUGUCGCAAAUUACCACUGGACGCUGGUUGUGUACGAUGCUCACAAUGCACGCCUGAUUGGCUAUGACCCACUGAUGAAUUCUAUGCCCGAUGAGCUCUCCAACGUGGAACGGAUUCUAAGGGACGCGAACGUGAUCCAAGGGCCUGUGCAGCACGUUAAUGGCACCGAUGUUCCCGGACAGACCGACUCCACCUCCUGUGGUCCUGCAAUCAUCACCUACAUGAUCGCUCUCAUGCGCGAAGCCCUGCGGCUGCCACCGCUCUACGCGCACACAGUGCGGACUAUCAGAAAGUAUGUGGCUUGCGCCCUGCUUGCUAGCAGCUUGGGGCCUGCGGCCGGUCGGAACGCUGUGGCUGCUCCAGCCCCGAGAGGGCGUGCGAGCCCGCCUCGAUUCCAGACAUGGCUUCACCUGGAGAUCAACAUCCCGGAGCUCCUUCUUUCCAAGGACGAGAAGAGCACGCGGAUGCCGGACGUCCGUGAUGUCGCAUCGCUGGCGCAUCCGUCAGGCAUGUGGAUCCUUGGCGUGGUGCCGGGAGUUGCACGGCCGAUGAACUACAACACCUUGGAACCCCUUGCGGACGACGACGCGCUCACCUUUGCUGCAGGAGACCAGCGUGUCGCAAAGUCCUUCAGGUCUUGGGCGGCUGGCAUCUUGUAUGAUGCAGGGCGCCCCCAGCCAAACAUCGCGGACUUUGAGAACCUGGCAAAUCUGGGUACGCGCCGGGCGUUGGAAGGGUCCCGGGCACUCGCUGCCAUUGUCCGGAGCGGCUUCACAGAGGUACAUUCAGUCAUCCGCGGAGCUCUCUAA